CAGCAAAUUCUCCUUGAUCAAAAUCAAACGCAAGACGCGUCACAUUCAUUUUCUCAACAAGUUCAUUCACAAACUCAACAACAGAAUCAACAACAAACUCAUCAAUUUUUUCAACAACAACCUCAACAACUAGCUUUUACAACUGUACAUCACACACCACAAGCACAACCAACGUUUGGUCAAACAUCAUAUCCCACAAUAAGACCUUUAGCUCCCGCUCCAAUCAUGACAAAUUUACAGUCGUCCCCUCAAUCAUCUUCUCGUGUAUAUAAACAACCUGCAAUACAACCACGACCACAACCACAAUCACAAGUAUCUCAGGUACCUCAAUUAACACAAGUGAUAUCUCAUCCUCAAGUUCAGCAGCGAAUGCCUAUACCGCGUUUAUCUUCACAACAACCUAGAACGAGCCCAACAAUCAGUUCUUCAUCAUCGUCUUCAAAUAAUUCUGUUAGAUUCUCGCCUCAAUUGACAAGUGUUAUGCAAACGUUACUUCAAACCUACAAUCCAGCACAGAUAUUAGCAAUACAAAAACAAUUAUCUCAGCCUGAGACAGCACCUAACUUAUCGCAAGAACAGAAAAAUGCUUUAAUUAAUCAUCUAAGUUAUCUGUUAGCAUCACAAUCCAACACUUCAUCUCAACCUCUUGCUGCACCUGUGUUGCAUCAACGUCCUAAUUCUCAUUCAAUUUUAUCGAAGACUACACAAUCGCAACAAUAUCAAUCGGGACAAUUCUUACUUUCACAAGAUCAGACUUCGGAGAAACAUCGUCCAGUUCAACCAUCUUCCGAACAGCAGCAACCAACUUCAUUACCUAAUGAGCAAAAUCAAAUGAUACAAUCAGAUUCGUUAACUGAGCAAAAUCGGGAGAUUCAAUCGCUAUCGUCACCAGAACGACAAACAACGACAUCUUCACAAAAACGUAAUGUUUUCCAACAACUUAGUCCAUCUUUAGAAAAUCAUGUGGAAGUUGAACUUCCUUUACAGAAAAGACAAACGGUUAACUCAUUGUCCUCGCAGAGAAUGUUAGUAGCUACUGAAUCUGCUCAUUAUGCAGCACUUAACAAGUUUAAAAUAUGGAAUCAACCUGCAGAAAUUCCCGCAUCUACUGCAUAUGAACAUGCAGUGAGAUGCGAGGUAAUUUUAACGUUUAAGGAAGAUCGAAAAACUAGAUUUUUGUUUCCCAAAGAUGCUAUUAUUGAGCGUAAUCCAGAAGGCGAUGAUAAUUUUUACGAGGUAAAUGGGAAAACUUAAUUUUAUUUAGUAUUAUUAAUUUAUUAAUAAGAUAUAUAAUAGGUUAUUGCAAGUUAUGUUUCGCCAUCUGAUGAAAAUGACGUGAAAAGAUCUCGUGAUAACCCAGAAGAAUGGGAAAUUAGCAUAAAAUCGGUAACUGAAGAGAUAUGGAACGCGUUAUAUAGAACUGUAAAUGAUGAAGAUACGGUCGAACGUUUAAUGGAUGAAAAGGUACGUUGUUAAUC